AUGGGUGACGAAGUCGCACUCGCAGACAAAGUAUCUGCAUCACUGCUACAAAAACGCGUGCCAAAACCCAGCGCUCGACUCACAGAUGAGAACAAUGCUGAAAGACACACCAUUAUAGGUAUCGUUCACCCUCACUCUCCAAGACCAACAGCAGCGGUGAUUGAAGUUGAGGGGGAUGAUGAUGAAGAUCAGGAGAUUCGGCCACCUAAACGAAAGAAAGGAUCAGGUAAGUACAUAUUGCAUGAUUCAGCAGCUGACACUUAUCAUUGUACUGCAGACGACAUAUUCGAUAAUGCUAGCGAGAAGGAUCAGGAUGUCUACAAUUCUGAAGGCCACCUGAAAGAUCUUGCCCACAUUGUGGAGCCGAGUGAGAAGAAGACAAGACUCAAAGAGACCGCUGAUAUACAGGCAUUUUUUGAUGACCCUCGAGAACGUUGUCAUCCUUCCAAACCAGACAAGCAGCAGCGCGUUCAUGAUUGUCGGCUUUGCAAAUACUACAAGUGGUGCCAGAAAGAAGCUUUCGAAUCGAAGCUUCCGGACGACGUAACAGCCCGAAAGGCAAACAUUGUCGAAGGCUAUAAGACACAGGGCACAUUAGAUGGACGCGUUCAGAUGGGAAAUGCUGUCGAACGUGUCCUUCCAUAUUCCGAUGAUGCGUUCCAGGCUGUCACAAUACAAUGGCUUGUGGAGACAGAUCAGAAGAUGAUCCAACUUGCCUCACGUGCCAAGGGCGUCAUCAAGAUCUCUAGACGAUCCACCACACGGCGUGAAAUCAUCAAUUUAUUUCAUCAAUACUUACGUGACUUGAAGCGGUGUCUGACGGUAUCAAGCAACAUCGAUGGCUAUUUCGCUGUAACUGCCCACUGGAUCGAGGAGAAGGUGUCAAGUGCAUGGACGUUAGAGGGCACACUCAUCGGUUUCAUAUUCAUGGUGACAUGCGACAAUGCGAGCCCCAACUUAACGAUGAUGAGAGAAUUCGCCAGGGUCAUCAACAAAGAACAUCACAUAGAUUUUGAUGCAGACCAGCGGCGCGUCGGAUGCCUCGUCCAUAUCAUAAACUUAGCUACUCAAGCAGUGAUAGCUGUGCAAAGUAAAUCUCCUCACUAUGAUCCUCACCAGCCCGACGUGCACUUACCAGAUAUGAACGCACUUGUGCAUGAUGAAGUCGGACUUAUUCGUGCUAUAUCGGUCAAGGUCCGUUGGUCAUUGACGUACAUGAUGUUAAAUCGUGCCUACAACAUGCCUUUACAGCAUGUCGAGAAGUUCAUUACGGAAAUCUCUCAUGCUGCCAAGGAUCGCGCAACCUCAGCAAAAUUGUACUCACUGUUGCUCAGCGCUGAAGAAUGGAAUCGCGUCAAGAAGUUUCAGCGCAUUCUACAGUAUUUCGAAGCCGGAUUACAGUCAGGGCUUGACAAGAUUAGCAAGUAUUAUGACAAGACAGGCGACAACGACGUAUAUGUAUUCUCAAUCAUCUUAAACCCUCGUAUACGAUUCUCAUUCUUUGAGAGGAGCUGGCCAAAGUCUCUGCGUGAUGAAGCCAUGUUGCUUAUCAGGCGAAUUGUAAGUCACUCCUUAUUUCGUAUGUUACUAGCCACUAACGAAGUCAUGCUAGUACAAGGAGAGGAAACUCAUGCCAUGCCAUCUAGAGGUGCGAGCCAGACUGUCAUAGAUCCAGGACAGGAGUGGGAGAAGGAGUUCAAUAAGUAUGUAAUGCUCGAUGAUGAUAUUCCAGAGACGGUCUCUACGGUGCAUUGUGAACGGGCCUUCUCUAGCGCAGGCAUCACGAUUACUAAACGACGAAACUGGUUGAAGGGCGACAUUGUUGAGGCCCUCCAGGCACUCAAAUGUGCGUACCGUAAGAACCUGUUUUUUCAUGAUGUUGGGCCUUCGUCUUUCACGGAGGAGGAGUUAGAAGCUGCUGAAGAGAACUAUGAACCCUCACGCAAUGAUAUUGAUGAAAAUCUGGUGCUAGACCUGGAUUCUGAUGUAGAAGACGAUGAUGUUGAUGUGUAG